GUUGCCAAUGUUGUGUGAGCUGCAGUGGCACAAGGCUAAGAUCUGCAGUCCGAUGCAGUCGCUCACUGAGGACGGGGUUCACAUCUCGGUCCUGCCAAAGCCGAGCAGCAGCAUAAUUGGCCUGCCGCUCCGAGGGUGGGGGGAGGGACUCGGCAGGGAGGAUCACUGCAUACAACAGUGCCCCAAUCGCCUCGGAAUCAUGGUCACGGGAUGAGGCGAUGCAGCUUGGAGAAGACGUGUCGUUCUCCGGAUCAUUAGAUCUCCCCAGCCCACCUACGAGGUUAUAGGCAAUUAACAUGGGACCUGAGCCCUCUGAGGAUUUAGGGACGAAGUCUGUGUUUCGUGUCGCCAAGAAAUGUCUGUCAAAGAAGCCCUGGCUUGCUAAGGUCGAAGAGACUCCCCCUACAUCAGUUACCCUGACCAUCAUUAGCCAUGACUUUGCCAGCAUUGGGAAGUACACCCUCUCUGUGAAGACACACCCUGAUAUGACCGAGGGAGUCAGCGCUGGGACCUUUGUCCUCCUCUUUAACCCUUGGUGUAAAAAGGACUGGGUGCACCUGGCCAAUGAAGAGGAGAAGCAGGAGUAUGUCAUGAAUGAACAGGGCUUGCUUUACAGAGGGACAUGUGGCUAUAUUACUACUUUGGCUUGGGAUUUUGGACAGUUUGAAGAGGACAUCCUUGACAUUUGCUUGGAACUGAUGGACCUCAACCCCAAAUGUAAAAAGAACACAGCCGAGGACUUCUCUGCACGAUGCAACCCCAUCUAUGUCAGCAGGGUGGUCAGCGCUAUGAUUAACUGUAACGAUGACAGGGGCGUGCUACAGGGCAAUUGGGGCAGGACCUACGUUGGUGGAGUGGCUCCAUCGCACUGGAACGGCAGUGUGGACAUCCUGAGGAAGUGGAAGAAGUACGACUCCCACCCCGUCAAAUUUGGCCAGUGCUGGGUGUUUGCUGGGGUCAUGUGCACAGUCCUGAGGUGCUUGGGAAUUCCCUGUCGUGUGGUCACAAAUUUUGAGUCUGCUCACGACACCCAUGGAAAUCUAAUAAUUGAUGAAUACUACUCUGACUAUGGUGUCAGACCCAAGACGAGCAAUGACUCUAUAUGGAACUACCAUGUGUGGAUAGAAGCCUGGAUGAGACGCCCUGAUCUCCCUGAACAACCACUUUAUGACGGCUGGCAGGUUCUGGACCCCACCCCCCAGGAGCUGAGUGAUGGGGUACACUGCUGUGGGCCAGCUCCAGUGAAGGCUGUACAUGAUGGACACACAGACCUGAAGUACGACCUGCCUUUCGUCUUUACUGAGGUCAAUGCGGACCAGGUCACCUGGCUACUCAUGGCCAAUGGGUCAAAGAAGAGGAUCAUAUGGGACACAGCAUCAGUGGGUCAGAACAUCAGCACUAAAUCAGUGGGCAGUGACAAACGCUUAAACAUCACCGCAAACUACAAGUAUGCAGAAGGUACAAAGGAGGAAAGGGAGGUCUUUGAAGAAGCGGUGAGGAGAACAGAUAAACUGAGCAAGCCGGAGCCUGCCCCUCCCCCUCCCCCUCCCCCUGCCUCUGCCCCUACCCCUACCCCUGCCCCUGCCCCUCCCAAAAUCUCAGUCAAGAUCGAAGAGAAGAGCAAGCCAAUGAACGGCAAGGACAUGGAGCUGGUGAUCCGACUGCAGAACCCCACGGCGCGAAAUCUGUUACUCCAUGCCAACGCCCAGGUCAUGCUCUACAACGGCAAGCUGGAAUCCAACAUCUGGAGUGAAGAAAUACCAGUAAAGUUACUGGCCAACAAAGAGCUGGCAGUCCCUGUCAAGAUUCCCUUCUCCAAAUAUGGGAGUCACUUACAGGGAAACAACAGCAUCAAAGUGACAGCAUUAGUCAAUGACAAGGAGAACACUGAGGAGGUCUACAUGGCAGAGAGGAACAUUGUGCCUGAAAAUCCUCCCAUCAGCAUUGCUGUCACUGGAGAUCAUGUGCAGUACCACCGCUUGGUGGUAGAGAUCAAGUUUGAUAACCCCUUGGACGUGGCUCUGACUAACUGCUCCAUAACACUCACUGCCAGUGGAUUAUUCAGGCACACUGAAGAAGCCAAGUUGGAUUCUCUGCCCCCAGGGAAGCUAAUUCGGGUCCAGCUGCCCAUUACACCAUACAGGCAUGGAAGCAAGAAACUGGUGGCUGAUUUCGACUGUGACCAGUUCCGGGACAUAAAAACCAGCUGCAACAUUGAUAUUAAACCAUAUGCCUGUAGAACACUGUAGCUGUGCUAAGGUAAUAAAACAUACCUUAUGAAAACGCAAGAAACCACAGUGAAAACUGUUGAAAUGAGAGCAAAGAAUGCAAAGAAUGAAACUCCCUUAGAAGAGAAUAAUUAAUUAAAUGUUUAGUAUGUCUGUAUAUUAGAAAAGUAUAUUAGAAGUGAAUAUGAAUUAAAUGUUUAGUUUGUCUGUAUAUUUUCAAUGAUUACUGCUGCUUAGUUCGUCUUAUGAAAGCAAAAGAUACAGAGUGACGUGUAUGGAUGACGUGUGUGUCAGAGGGGGGCCAUCCAGAACUUUAUGAGGUCUGGUAGUUUGCCAAGAGCAGGUGCAGGGUGAAGUGAGGACAGGGGGAGUCCUGAACUUUGUUCUAGUUGGCAGGAUGCCCUGAACUUUGUACAGAGUUGGCAGAGCAUAAGGACCAUUGGCAAUUUGCCACAAUGACGUUGUGGGAGGAGCGUUGGGAGGAGUUACGAUAAGAACAGUGUGGGUGAUUUGCCAGAAUGAGGUUUGAGGAGGGGUUGUAGGUGGAGUAACUGUGUAUAAAAUGGGUGUAAAAAUGACAGUCGGGGUUCAGUUCUGGAGAACUGAUCCAGCUUUAUGUGCUGCUGCUAAUAGUCUGAUUUUCCUGAAGAACUUGCUGCCAUGGUGUCGUCUUUUCCCUCGCAAAGAUGUUUUUUGACAAAUUGAUUUUUGACAAAGAUUUGGACUCUGUCGUUUCCUAGACACGACAUACCCCCAGUUUCUGACUUUACUAGAUGACCUGACUUACUGAAUAUACUUCCUAAUGUGUGUACGGAAUUUAUUAAUUAGCCAAUUUCCAUUGUUCUGCCAAUUGAACCCAACCUGAAAAAUCACCUAUAGUUCUCUUUGUUAAUCCCUUUUAUGAAUUUAAAAGCCUCAAUCACAUUGCCUCCAUCACAAGUCUCCUUUUCUUACUGUAUACUGUGAUUUACUGUACUCCCCACUACCGCACACACUCCAAUACUGAGCCCCCACUACCACAUACUCUAAUACUGAGCCCCCACUACCACACACUCCCAUACUGACCCCCACUACCACACACUCUAAUACUGAGCCCCCACUACCACACACUCCCAUACUGACCCCCACUACCACACACUCCCAUACUGACCCCCACUACCACACACUCUAAUACUGAGCCCCCACUACCACACACUCUCAUACUGAACCCCCACUACCACACACUCCCACUGUACUUGAGAGUGGCUGACAUAGACAAAUGUAACAGAAAUUGAUUAAAAACAGGGUGUUCCCUGAAAAUCUUCUUCAAAAUAUAAGCUGUUGGUGAAAUUACCUUUAAGAAUGUCAGCUGGCAGCUCCCAAUCUGCCAGCAUGUAUGUAAAGCUCUUCCACUCAGCAAGGGCUUUGUCCUUAUCCAAACUCGGCUUUUCGGAAAGCACUCCUAUGUAUCUGUCUCCUUAAUCCAAAAAAAUGAGAAGGGCAAGUUGGAUCAAAUACUGAAAAAGCCUUGGGCACACGGUAAGCCUAUUGUUCAGGUUAUUUUCUAGUGCUUAAGUGUAACCCGAUGUUUCCAGGAGCUUGGAUGUUUUAGGAUCACCCUCAUCGUGGAACUCCAGGUCACUGUACUCACCAUCAGCACCUGUGUGCUCAGCCAGGCCACUGAAAAAAGUUCUUAAUUUGAAAUCCUUCAGUUUAGCCUUCGUAGAGUCAAAGGCAGGCUUGGGACAUGUUUAGCAGGUGACAUUUCUUUAAAACAGUUUACACAGAUUAUUCAGAUAAGACAGGACUUAAAAUUUGCAGUCCACAUACCAACUUUGCAUUGUUCAUCCACUGGAGAAGGUCUCAUGCAACCGCAUCCAUUUCUCUGAACUGCAUUAGAGUCUGUAGCAGAGGCAUCCGAUUUUGACUUACCCUGGCCACAACUUUACCAGUUGGCAGCCAAUGUGUCCUGCAUGCCUUCCCGACCUUGUAGGACAUAGUUUUGGUCAUGAUCUUGCCAAUUUCUUCCCAAGACUUGCCAAAUGUUGCUGAGUGCUUUGAUACUUUCAGACUUGCCUUAAUGUAACCUCAGUCAUUUCUAUGUACUUCACAAGGGGGUCUUUCCAGUCGCCUAAGUGAAGACAGGGUAAUCGAGAAAACAUUAACUAGGCAAAUGGAAUGACCUUGCUCCUUCAAACGUCAGUUCGAAGCCCCAUCAAAUGAAAAAUCUAAGUGAAAGUUUGGGAGUUCCUAACUUCUACUUCUAGAAGGAAUAUUUAGCAGGUUGGAAUGUCUUUAAAGAUGUUGGACCUUGAUCAAUUUCCGAUUCACAAGCAUAGAAAAGAAAAAAGAGAGUUACUGAAACAAGCCAUCUCAGUGCUAGCCUAUGAUUAGUACAGUGACUUCUUAUCAUAACUUAUGUCACCUUCAGUCUGGCACCUACUCCUCCAUUUCAACCCAUCAUCACACAUACAUCAGUAAGGAUGGCCAGGACUUUCCAACUCCUUAUGGAAGGAUUCUGUGUGCAUACAAGAUACAGAAUGUUCCUUGUUAGAUUUUGUUUGAAACUGAAGAAGGCUGACCGAUUGAAAGUGUUCUGCUAAUUGAUUAUACCAGUUAGAUAAAUUAUGAAUUCUUCAUAGCAGCCACCAAAGCCCAGUGUAUUAUGAAAAUGAAAUGUCUUUAUCUGUGAGCCAGUUUUGUUUUUUCCCUUCUUUUAAUUGUUACUAGUACUUGUAUCUAUGCUGUUGAUGUCUUUGUGCCACAGACCUCAAGCCAUCAUUGCAUGCAAAGGAUAUGCAACCAAGUACUAAACAUGACAAAUUUCAUUUACAUACCAUUAAUAUGUCCCAAACAUUAUGGUAUCUGAAAAUGGGAGUGGGGGUAUGUAUAAGAAGUUAUGUAAUUUCUCCAUGGUGAAACCAAAAUGUAUAAAAAUACCCUUUAAUAAAAUCUGAAAAUCAAAA